GGUCCGAGCGGCCGAGCCGUCAGUCCCGCCCUCGGUUCUAUCGCGUUUUCGGUCAGUCUCCGUUCGACGUUCGAACGGUGAGGUGUGUAAAGCGCGUGUGCGCACCGGUUACUGUGGCGUACUGCGAGGUUAUAAUGGACGCGCCCGGCGGAGCGCGGGAGCCCCGCUUCGGGUCGCCUUACGGUAUGGGACUCCUGGGAGAUGUGCCGGACAUGUAUGGAGCGGGCCGGCCACCGAGCUCCCUCGGCGGCGGUGGAGGCCUCCGGCCAGGCAUGCAGGCCUGCCCGGUGCCUAGAGCUGGUGUGAAGCGCCCUUCAGACCAGUGCUACGACGAAAGACCGUCACAAAGCCUCGGACUAGAACACUGUGCCAUGCCCGACAUUGCUGAUGAUGGCUAUGCUUCCCUUCAGCCCAAGAAAUCCCCACCGUCGAAUGGCAAGAAGACUAAAGGUCGCGUGAAAAUUAAAAUGGAGUACAUUGAUAAUAAGCUACGGCGAUACACGACUUUCUCGAAGCGGAAGACAGGAAUCAUGAAGAAGGCCUACGAGCUCUCAACCCUAACGGGAACACAGGUGAUGCUUCUAGUCGCGUCCGAAACCGGCCACGUGUACACAUUCGCAACACGAAAGCUUCAGCCAAUGAUCACGUCAGAUUCAGGAAAGAGAUUGAUACAGACGUGUCUCAACUCACCGGACCCGCCGACUACCAGCGAGCAGAGAAUGGCGGCCACAGGCUUCGAGGAAACGGAGCUCACAUAUAACGUUGUAGACGACGAUAUGAAGGAUCUGGAAGAAAAUGUGGGCGGCAAAGGAAAAUGCAAGGAAGAACCGGCGACUUCAGGUGAUAGCGGUGAUGAAAGCGGCAGCGAACCAGAAUCACCCAGCGAGAAAAUUUCGAUGCAGAACCAUAAGCAGGAUUGGACUUGUAAUGAUAACGACCGCGAUAUUAACAGAGAUUCUCUAUCCGUAGACAAUCUACCGUCAACAUCAUCUAUGAACCCUGAACCGGAGAGCAGUAAGUCAAGUCAACCAUCGUUACCGAAGCUCCUGCCGAAGAUUGACCUUCCAGGGGGCGCAAUGUUGUAUCGUUCAAGUGUCUUGACCGGAGUAGGCUUAGACGGACUUGGAACGAACUUGGGCUUAGGAAACUUGGCAAUGGGAUAUCCGCACAGCUUCAUUUUAGGACUCGCUAAUCAAGGACAAGACGGAGCAUCAUCUUCAUCAACUCAGCCGCAGUUCAUCACCAUACCUCUGUCAAUGGCAAUGGCAGCUGCAUCGGGACCGACUGUCAAUGGCUGCCCCAGCGCCUCCAGUGACGACAGCAGCGAACUCCAGGACCUAAGCACCGGGGGCAGAAAAUAACAGCAAGAAGACUGGAGUUUUCAAUAAAUUUUAAUAACAUCACUUUAUCCUUUAACUUGUAUCUUUAAAUCAUACCAAAGCUAUAUAUUGGUUGAUAACAUAGAUCGUAUAAUUUUGAAAAUUUUGUAUACUUUAAGUGCUAAAUUGUAUUUUUUCUUUUUAAAUGUAUUGGCUCCUUCUUAGUGAAACCAUAGACUCAUAAGUAAUUAAUAAAGUCGUUGAGACAAAAUGUAACUGAAUUCUUACUUAGAGAAGGUUUUAACUUUAGAUUAAUCUAUCUUAACGCAUUUCUUAGCCUUGCCUUCUUUAGCCAGUUGUAAAUUGUAUUCAAUAUAUAAUAAUAAUUGGAGAUAUUAUGUAAAAUAUAUAUAAUUGAUUAUAUUAAGUAUUUAGGUAAGGGAUUGUUUGUAACGAAAGUAACAUAGUAUUUUUGUACCAAAAGAAUGUUAUCCGGGUCAACCAUGUAUAUUCUUUAAGGUAUAAAACUGACCAAUCAGAGCACAAGAUUAACGAUGUUUUUAUUGGUCAUUAUAAUUUUGUAUAAUUUUGAAAUACUUUAAUUUGUUCAUUCACAAAUGUUCCUUACGUUAAUACGGCAUUUUAUUUAUUAUAUUUUUUUUUUGUUUAGAUGUUAAUUUCAACAACCUACUUAGUUACCGACUGAAUGGAGCUGAAACAAAAGCAACGGAAAAAUGCAUGUUUUUUCCUUUUAGUUUUAAACACACACUGCGGGAUAAAUUCAAAGAAUUCGUACCGAGUCGUGAAACAUAAUUGCGACGUUGGUCCGUUCGUACUUCGUUUUCUCUGAAUUUAUCUUCGUAUGAAACUAUUGCUUUUAAUGUAUAUUAAAAUAAAUUGCCGUUUUAUUUCCUAAGCAUUUACUGUUCAGAUUGUAUGAAACGCGGAUUUGUAAUUAGAUUAAUAAAUUAAACGUAGCCGCAAAUUUUUGUAAGACCUUGCACCAUUUUUGGAGAUUUCCUCAAACGUUCAGAAAUUUUCGAAAUCAUAUUUGGUUUGUUUGGUGAAUUGAUUGUCUGUUGUUAAUUUCUCUUUUCUGACAUUUUGUAAGUCUUUUUUGAAAUUAUUUACAUAUAAGUAAUAAAUAAUCAUCGUGGAUAUAAUUAAGGUAUUGAACCAUUAAUUUAUUAGUAUAACACUUUCAUAUUUUAAAGCAUCAAUAUAGAAUCAGACACAAAUACAUAUUUUAAAUUAACAGUAAUCUAACCGAUAUGGAUUAAUGUUUAAUCAUAAAUAUUGUAUUUGUAUUUCAGAGAAAAUAAUAUUAAAACAUUAAGUUUAAUUUUUAAAGCUGAUGUAAAAUUAAUCAAACAAACACGGACGAUCUAAGUAGUCAAGCGCAGUCUAAGUAGUAGUCGAGUAGCUUAGGUUACACAUGGAAAUAUUUCAUUGCAUAAUUGGAAAAACUUCAAUAUCCAAAUCAAUAUAGAAACAACUAUAUUUUAUAGCACAAACCUCCCAGAGACGCUGGCUUCAGACCGGCAAACUUAGAUUGCACAUACAGUACACACAAAACUUAUCCUUAUUUCGUAUAACGUGCACGUCACAUUGUGACACACACAUACGUCACAAAUUGUACAUUAUCUGUUUACCUGAACGUUUGUUUUUUGUAUCGACUGAUACUCGGUGUAAUGAGAAUGUUGUUUUAAGGUUAUAAUUAAUUAAUGUUCCUUUUUUUGUUUCCUAUCAAUAA